AUGAGCGUCGCACGUCCGGCGCGCAACCUCCUCGGCAGGUGCAUCGCCUCAUCCCGAACAGCCUCCGCCUCUGCCUCCGCUUCCAUCACCGUCCCCGUCUUUCAAUGCAGUCAAUUCCACAGCUCGGCGCCCCGGUCGAAGCGCAAGUCUCGGUUUCGAAAUGUUACGGCUCAGGAGCUGGGUCUGGUGAAGGAGUCAGGCGAAUACACCAAGAAGAUGGAUCAGUACAAGCAGGACAAGUUUGCCGAAUUGUCCAAGCAGGAUCUGGAGAGCCUCAGGGCCUCGUACACGACGGAACAGCUCGAGGCUAUUGAGCUGGGUGAGAAGGCUGUCAGCCCUGAGGAUAUGAUCAUCCAGGGUCGGUUACGUGACGAUCCCUACAAGCCUACAUACAUCGAGGACUACGCAACCCUCGACCCCCGCUACGAUAUUAAGCCCGAGAUCGAAGGCACCCCAAGAGAGGUGCAAUGGCCCGACAAGAGCGAAUGGAUCGACAACUAUGGACAAAGGAUGAUGAAGAUCACCGACAAGAAGACGAGCGACCAGCUGACCCGUGCCAUGGUCCGGGCAUUGCGGCGUGUCAAGGAGAGCCAGGGCGAGGAUCUGAUAGAUCUGACUGAGGAGGAGCUUAAGGACAUCGAAAAGGACCCGGAGCUGAUCAAGCGUUACAUCAUCGCCGAAGACGGCCCCGAGCCCAGCGCCAACGACAAGGGCCCUGAAUUCAUGACCCGAUCUCAGGCUGAGAAGCUUGACGAGGCUGUUGACGACGCAUGGAAGGCUGAGCUCGCCAAGAUCGCUGGCUUCAGCAGCCAGGGUGAGGUUGAGCCCACAAAUCUCGAACUCAUUCAGGACGGUCCUGCCGGUGUCGACCGCACCUACACAGCUGAGGCACCUGACCUGGGCAAGGUCCCUGGUGUUAAGGGUCUGUACAAGCACGCUGUCGACCCGGAGGAUCAGGGUCAGGAUGAUUCGGGCAAGUACCAAGAGAUCAAGCGUCUGACAGGCAUGAGUCUGAAGGACAUUCAAUCGCUUCUCACAAAGGGUCUUGUGACUCGUUGGGUCUCUAACCAGACUCGUCUGGGUAAGGUCCGCAGUACCUCAGUUGUAGCCAUUGCUGGUAACGGCAAUGGUCGUCUGGGUCUUGGUAUGGCCAAGUCUACCGAACCUGGUGUGGCUGAGGAGACAGCUCAGAUGUUGGCUAUCCGCAACAUGAAGCCUGUCCGUCGAUACGAGAACCGCACCAUCUACGGUAACGUGACUUCCAAGAUUUCGGGCACUGUCGUUGAGCUGAUGGCUCGACCUCCCGGCUUUGGACUCCGCUGCCCUCACCGUAUCUUUGAGAUGUGCCGCGCCGCCGGUAUUCACGACAUCGCCGCCCGCAUGCCCCGGUCCAAGAACCCCAUGAACUCGGUCAAGGCGGCGUACCAAGCGUUGACCAACCAGCCUGACCCCGAGCAGAUCGCUAUCGGCCGGGGCAAGAAGCUGGUGGAUGUGCGAAAGGUGUAUUAUGGAGGAGCUGUAUACUAA